AUGGCAGCUCUCUUCAGCCCGUUCCGAAACACCUACCGGUACCUUCAACGGACCGCCCACGAAAAACCGGUCAUCUUCUUCUCGCUUCUUAUCGGAUCGCUCGGGCCGAUCGCGGUCGUCACUGUUCCACCAAUUAGGAAGCGCUAUGGCUGGAAGCAGUCGGAGAGAAUCCCCACUUCCUACCCACUGCCGGACCGAAAACGGGAAGAGAUAACAGGAUAUGACGAUAAAUGA